AUGGGGAGAGGCUCUACCAACACCGGUUUACGAAGGCAGAGCUGCGAUGGCUGUGAUUUGUUCUUGGAGUGGUUAUUGGCUGUUGCAUUGGUUGGAGGAAUCGUUGCUCCUUUGAAUUACAGAUGGAGCUUGAAAGAAGCAAAAAUGGCAAUGCUGCUAGUAGAACCUGUCCUUUUGGUUACCGAUGAGACAUGUGUCUCGUCGUGGUGCAUUGAUGUUCAGAAUGAAGAUAUACCUUCGUUGAAAUGUCGUGUGUUGAUGGAGUCUACCUCUACAGAUUUUGCAAAUGAACAUAACCAGUUUUUGACAACCGAGAUGCUUAAACAGAAUGUGCUGGUUCCUUCCUUAGCAACGUACGCUUGGGCUCCUGAUGAUGCUGUUGUGAUAUGCUUCACUUCUGGUACAACGGGAAGACCCAAGGGUGUCACGAUAAGCCACUUGGCUUUCAUUACACAGUCUCUAGCUAAGAUUGCUAUUGUUGGCUACGGUGAGGAUGAUGUGUAUUUGCAUACAUCACCAUUAGUUCAUAUCGGCGGUCUGUCAUCUGCUAUGGCCAUGCUAAUGGUUGGGGCAUCCCAUGUUCUGCUCCCCAAGUUUGAUGCCAAAACAGCCCUUCAAGUUAUGCAACAAAACCGUAUAACUUGCUUCAUCACCGUCCCAGCUAUGAUGGCCGAUCUUAUUCGUGUCAACAGGACAACGAAGAAUGGAGCUGAAAACCUUGGCGUGAGAAAGAUACUAAAUGGAGGGGGAUCUUUAUCAAGUGAACUCCUUCAAGAAGCUGUGAAAAUCUUCCCAUGUGCGAAAAUACUCUCAGCUUAUGGGAUGACAGAGGCGUGCUCUUCGCUGACCUUCAUGACUCUCCAUGAUCCAACUAAAGAGUCUUUGAAAGUAACAUAUCCUUUGGUUAAUCAACCAAAGCAAGGUACAUGCGUUGGCAAGCCUGCGCCGCAUAUCGAACUGAUGAUUAAACUCGACGAGAAUUCAUCGAGGGUCGGGAAAAUUCUAACUCGUGGACCACACACAAUGCUUGGAUAUUGGGGUCAUCAACUAGUUCAAGAAAACGUUGCAACAUCAGAAUCCAGAAGCAAUGAAGCUUGGCUUGACACAGGUGAUAUAGGGACCUUUGAUGGGUUUGGUAACUUAUGGCUUAUAGGCCGGUCCAAUGGCCGAAUCAAAACUGGAGGCGAGAAUGUUUACCCCGAAGAGGUUGAAGCUGUUCUAGUAGAGCAUCCUGGGAUUGUUUCUGCUGUGGUGAUAGGCGUCAUUGAUGCUCGUCUUGGGGAGAUGGUCGUUGCUUGUGUUCUUUUACAAGAGGAUUGGAUAUGGUCUGAUGUUGAAAACCGCAAACGAGGUUUCGAACUGUCAAGUGAGACACUCAAGCAUCAUUGUAGAACACAGAACCUAACCAGGUUUAAGAUACCGAAGAGGUUUGUCCGAUGGGAGAAGCAGUUUCCGUUGACAACAACUGGGAAAGUGAAAAGAGAUGAAGUUCGAGGACAAGUUAUGUCUCAUUUCCAAAUCUUGACUAGCUCUCUGUGA